AAGGAGCAGGGAUUGGUUAAACGUGGGAGGAAGGCAGGACCGCAGGCUCCCUUCUUUCCCUCUUAGCCCCGCCCCCUCGCCGGGAUUUGGGCCAGGCCUGCCCCGCUGAGCGGUGAGUGAAGCGUUCUCAGUCCUCCCGGCAACCAGUGACGCGGCCAGCGUGAGGCCGCCACUGGCUAACCCCGGAGAGCCGGGCUGAACCGUCACCGACUAUCGUGAGGCAUCUCCCUCUUCCCUCUACUCGGCGGCCGCGCGCUCGGCCAGCCCCUUGCAUCCCUUCCCCACCACAGUCCGGCAGACCUGUAGGCAGGGGUCGGCGAGCCCGCUGAGUGGGAGCCGCUCGGUGUCCGAAGAGCCAGUUGGCAACCGGUCUUAAGAAAACUGACAAUAACCCGCAGCUAGAGAUGGACCCCGGAGCGUGAGCGGCACUCUUCUCAGCCAGCAGGGCCCCCAGCCUGCAACCCAAGAGCACACAUCUGGCUCUCACCAUGUUUGCUGCAUCAGAAGCGGCCGCAAACAGGCCUUACGCCUGCAGUUGCUGUGGCAAGAACUUCCGCUACAGUUCAGUGCUGCUGCGGCACCAGCGCGCACACAGCAGCGACCGCCGCUUCCGCUGCCAGGACUGUGGCGAGCGCUGCGCUGGAGCAGCUGAGCUGCGCGUGCACCGAUGCGCCCACGCUGGCCAGACGCUCUAUAUCUGCAGCGACUGCGGCCAGAGCUUCCGCCACAGCAGCCGCCUCGAUCUGCACCAAAGCGUGCACCAGUGGCGCCGCCGCUCUUGCUCCUGCCGCGUCUGCGGCCGCCGCUUCCCACACCGCGCGGCUCUGCUGCUACACUGGCGCUGCUCGCACUCGCCAGAGCGGCCCCGAUGCUGUGAGCUGUGCGCCCGCACGUUCCGCCAGAGUGCACUGCGCUUCCACAAAGCGCAGGCGCACCCGAGGGGCACCACCAACACCAGCUCGCUUUGCUGCACACACUGCCCACGGGCCUUCUGUAGCAGGGCAGGGCUGUGGAACCAUGCGCGCAUGCACUUGGCCCACAGCCCCGGCGACUCUGCCCCUGGCAGCCACGCGCUCGAGGCGCACUCAUGUGGCGUGUGCGGCACGAACUUUGGCAAGAGCUCCACGCUAACGCGACAUCUGCAGACGCACUCAGGCAAGAAGCCCUUUAAAUGCCCGGAGUGCGGCAAGGCCACUUCAGCGAGAGCUCCACGUUGCUGCGCCACCAUCGCAGCCACCAGGGUGCACGGCUGCACGCCUGUGCCACCUGUGGCAAAGGUUUCCGGCAGCGCCCUGACCUGGUGGUCCACGAGCGCAUCCAUACGGGCGAGAGGCCUUUCUCAUGUUCCGAGUGCGGCCGCCGCUUCAGUGACCGCUCGGACCUCACCAAGCACCAACGCAUGCACACAGAUGAGAAGCCUCACUGCUGCGAAAUGUGCGGCAAGCGCUUCACGUGCGUAUCCAACCUCAACAUGCACCGGCCCAACCAUACUGCCCACAAGCCCCACAAGUGCCUCGAGUGCGGCAAGGUCUUCAGUGUGGGCUCCAAGCUGGCGCUGCACCGCAAGAUGCACUUAGGCCAGCGGCCGACGCAAUGUGCCGAAUGCGGCCAGUGCUUCAGCCACAGCCGCUAGCUGUCUCAGCACCAGCGGGCCCACGCGUGUGCUCGCGCCGCCGCCGCCACCCAGGCCACUGCAGCCGUUGCCCUCAUCUUUACUGAGCAGGCAGGACAGGAAAAUCAGGGACUUCUUGUGUCCCAGUUGACGGAGCUUUGCUGAGAAGCUUCCCUGGAGUGGGCAAGCACAGGACAUCGGGCCAAUUCACAUGUGGCCGGUCGCCUUGCCCCACCUCAGGUGGUAGCCCUUCGCCUGGCCUCCUGCCGUGUCCCUACACCUACUUCCUUCGUCAGCCCUUUUCCUGUCCUCAGCCCUUCUGUCUCUCUGUGGGGUAGGUGGUGGAAUCAGGAUGAGCUCCCAUACCCUGUGGGAGAGCCUGGGGCGGGGGAGUCCCCAACCCCAUCCCAGCAGUACUCAGUUGCUGCUUUCCUGUGUCCCCCACGUGGGUUCUGACUUCUCUGUUCCUCCUUUUCCAGCCUAAAUGUGCUCUACUCCUUUCCUGGUAGUUUACUGUCUUGCCUCUUCAGGUAAUGAUCACAGAUGUGACCACUGGCACAUCCCACCUGCCCUUCCCGCCUCUUGGUUCCACCUAAUUGUUAGCCUCUCUGCUGCUUCCUUUCGGGCUUCUGAGAGAUGGGGAGUUUGCAGGCAGAGAUGGUGGGGGAGCUCGCAUCACUGGAGGAUGUCUGAAUGCCAGAAGUGCCCAGCCUGCUGCCUUGGAGAGAUGGCUCACCCACGGGAAGGUGGCUGGGAACCAUCAGCAUGGCCAGCCUCCUGUCCCCGCGGCCAGACCUGAUGGUGUCCAGAUCAAGGUGUCUCUCAGGACUGUUUUCCAACCAGGCGGGAGA